AUGCUAGCAGACGCUUAUGAUUUCCUACUGAAAUUACUCUUGGUCGGUGAUUCAGGUACUGGAAAGUCAUGUCUAUUAUACCAUUUUUUAGAAAAUCAAUUCAAAAAGGAUUCUGUAAAUACAAUCGGGAUGGAGUUUGGUACACGAAUUAUACAUAUUGGCGAUAAAUCGAUUAAACUACAGAUAUGGGAUACAGCUGGUCAAGAACGAUUUAGGUCGUUAACAAAGAGUUAUUUUCGAGGUGCUGCUGGAGCACUAGUUGUAUAUGACGUUUGCAAUCGAGAUACCUUCUUGGGUGUAAGAUCAUGGUUAAGAGAUGUGAGGACGCUGGCCAAUCCUGAAUUGGUCAUCAUUUUAGUGGGUAACAAAAAUGAUAAAGCGGAUGAACGAGAGGUAUCCUAUCUAGAAGCAAGUCGGUUUGCGCAAGAACAUGAAAUGAUGUUUUUGGAAGCCAGUGCAUUAAGCGGAGACGGAGUUGAAGAUGUGUUUUUUAAAUGCGCAAGAUCAAUUCUAAGUAAGAUAGAAACAGGACAGAUCGAUCCAGAAAGAAGUGGGAGUGGAGUACAAUUUGGUGACUCUAGUUUUCGAAGAAUGACACAGAGAACAAGAAUAAGAAAGAAGGAAAGAUCAUGUUGCUCCUUUUGA